AUGGAAAUUGAACUUGAUGUACACGAAGCUUUAAAGCCGAUAUCCUGGCUCUCUGGUCACUGGGUUACUGAACACGGUCGUGGGGUAUUUCCUAAUCUAAAAGAGUUUGAGUAUCAAGAAAAUCUGGAAUUCAUUUGUGUUGGUCAGCCAAUAUUCAACUUUUUGUCAAUGUCGCAUCACCCAGAAAAAGGGACUCCAAUGCAUCAAGAGAGAGGUUUCCUACGUAUAAACCCUGGCACAAAUGAACUGGCAUUUAUAGUUAGUCACAACUUUGGUCUCUCAUCGGUAGAAGAGGGCCAUUUCGAUCCUGAGAAGAAGGAAAUAAAACUGGCCACAGUCAACAUUUCCCGGACAUCAUUUGCGAAGCCCCCUUAUCUCUCAGAGAUGAACCCUAUGAACGAAACUUGGUCGCGCGAGGAGCACAUCGGCUACUGGGCCCAUGUGGCCUCGGAAAGAUGGAAGAAAAAAGGUUGGAGUGGAAUAGGAGAUGGCACACAUAACGUCGUCGAAAGAAUUUUGCCCGCCAGCUAUAGCAACGAGGAUUAUGAAGUAGUCUCGAGA